UUUUCAGUCGUCCACCAUGAACGAGAGGAAGAAAACACGGUCGAGUUCGGCUCUGGGGAGGUUAGAGGCGUGCGACGAGAAGAGCAUCCCCAUCGUAGGAACGGCCCCGGAAGCGCUUCGGGCUCAAAGUUGCCCAGCGGGGUCGCGAUCCCAGCCAACAGCAGAGUGGAGUCCUGCCCGCCCGGAAUGGCUCUCGCAGGAAUUCCCGAGAGGACCGAGGAGGCCAAGUCAUUCAGUCAUCCAAUCAAUCAACGGCAGAACCCCCGAAACGACCCCGAGGCCAAAUGUGGAUCCAGCCAGGAGCCUUCGAAGAGGAAAGAUCGAGGAACAAAUAACCCUUGGAGACCUGCAGAAACUCAACGCGGCCUUUCAGGAGUUUGAAAAGAGGGGUAUCAGGAGGCUGGAUAUGGAAGCAUUUAAGAGUGUAAUGAGGAAGAGUGUCGGGACACAAAGCCAAAGUGACGGACAGAUAGAAGAAUUUUUCAUGAAAAUAGAUUAUACUGCAGCUGGCAGAAUCGGAUGGGACAACCUCUGUUCCUACCUGCUGCUGGCGUGGGGAGACCAGGGCAGCUCCGAAGAGUGUUGGAAGGAGGUGUCCCUGUCUCUGCCCGCCCUGACGUGGAGGUGGUCUCACGGAGAGCCGAUCCUGCGUGUCUCCUCUCUCGCCGACGACACCCUGAUCGUGGUCAGAGAGGACGGAGCCUUCUACUCCUGGUCUCCGCAGCUGAAACUGAGGAGGAGGAAGUCACUGUUCGAGAAACGCGUCAACCGGAAGCCUAAACGGGUGACUGAUUUCACUAUCAUGCAGCAGUACAACAAGCUUAUCAUAGGGACCGGUUACACCGGCCCAGACGAGUGCCUGAUUCUGAACGGCGACGACCAGGGUUGCGUGAACAUUCUGGUUUUGGCCUCCACCGGUGAACUUCUAAGAACUUGGAAGAAACUGCCCACUGUCGAAAACGUGCCUAGCAUUAGCCUCGGCAGAGCUGCUCGUUCCCCCGACGUGACCUACAUCCGUUGGAAAGUGCAUGGAGAUUGGGUAACUCAGCUGAACUACUACGAGUCCAUGAACGCCGUCGUUUCUGCCUCCAACCACGAGCCCACGGCUUUAGUAAUAGGGUGCACAGUGGGAACUACAAAUGUGGAGCAGCAGAUGAAAGAAAUACGGGAUUUUCGGAAGGAUGCGAAAGGGAGAAGAGUGCCGGUCGGCCUCAGAGUCGUUCCUCAGAGGCGGGCUCGGGGAGACCAAACGGUCUUCCAGAUCCGCAAAGGUGUGAAAGCGUUUUCAUUCUGUAAGAGAAACAACGUACUCCUGACCGGGGGAAUGGAUCGAAUCAUUCGCAUUUGGAACCCUUACUUGCCAGGGAAACCGACAGGUCUACUGAAAAGCCAUGCAGCUCCAAUUUUCUUCCUCCACAUUUCCACGGAGGAUAAGAAAAUAUUUUCAUUAUCCACCGACACCACCAUCAAGAUCUGGGACCUGGAAGACCACAGCUGCUUGUUUACUGCCUUCUCCAAAGCCAGCGGCAUCACAGGGGAGUUAGCGGCCUGCCUCUACCUCCCUGGCAUCAGAGCCCUCUGCGUGGCCACUGAUGUCUUGGCCCUCCUCCCUCUCAAGUUCAGUCCGCCACCUCCUCCUCCUCCUCCGGGGCCUCGAGAGGAGGUUUCUCACACAGAGCCGGUUGCCCGCUGCAAGUACAACGAGACCUUCCGGCACGUGGUAACCUGCUCGGAGGGAUCUGUGGUCAAAGUUUGGGAUCUUGAAACUGGCAAGUUGUUAUCUGAGUUUAAGAGGGCUCACGGAGACGCCGAAAUCACCUGCUUGACGUUCGACUGGAGCGGAAGGCGGCUGGUGACCGGCGGGAGAGAUGGGUGUUUGAAGAUCUGGAACUACAACAGUGGCCACUGCCUGCACACUCUGAAACGGGGAGGCACAGGAGACGAAGUCUGUGACUGUACUUACGUGGAGGUCAAUCGAAACCGGUACGUCGUAGCUGUUGGCUGGGACAGAAGAAUCAACAUGUAUCUUGAUUCUCCGGAGGACGUGUACCACUUCCGGACCCCUCAGCCGCCCUGGCCGGACGAUCUGACCCGGGGUCAUAAAGAGGAUAUUUUAUGUGUGGCUCACUGCCCACCUACUCUCCUGGCCACUUCCAGCUACGAUGGGGAGAUCAUCAUUUGGAACGUGGUUUCUGGCCACGUGUGCCACAAACUGAACUCACCCACUCCCUGGACAGGAGGUGGAGAGGACAGAAGCAUCUCUCGAGUCAUAUUCCUGAAGGCGCGGGCAGCGAAAUUGGACCCGGCGGCGGCCUCCCUCGUCUCCAAUGGCCCCCGAGGUUCUGUCAGCUUCUGGAGCCCAUGCUGUGGAGUAAGGCCCCUAGCAAGCUUUGUACCUUCCGAAGGGGGAUGCCAGGUGAACGGGCUGGCAGCCAGCGCGGACGCAGCCCUCCUGUUCUCCGCGGACCACGCCGGGCUGGUGCACGUUCACGGCAUCCGGGACUACGCCCUGCGGGGGCCGGCGCGGGAGCCCCCCAAACCGGUCCAGUCCUGGCGAGCCCACGUCGGCCCGGUGACGGCUUUAGAGCUGAUAGAGGAAGAGAAGGCCCUCUUGACAUCAUCCGCUGACUGCACAGUCCGUUUCUGGAGCCUGGAUGGAGAGUGCAUUGGGACUUUUGGGCAGACGGCGCUGUGGGACCUCUCCACCCCGGCCUCUUGGACCCACCCCCGGGAGCUCCCGGUGGCCCCCGCCAACCUGCCAACCCCCUCGCCGCUGGGAGAGGAGGCGGCGGCCCUGCCCACCUCGCCCUCCACGCCUCCGGCCCGGGACAGGGUCUCCCCGGACCCUUGCGUCCCCGAGGCUGAAAGGGGCUGUGACCCCACCUUCCCUGAAGAGCCCCUCACCGAUGCUGAAUCCAGAAGAGACAAGAGUCAAGAGGUGCAGGGGAGAAGGUGGCGGCACGCAAGGGCCCUGAAUUCUUCCAGCCAUCUUUACCCCCAGGAAGCCCGGGCUCACCGCCCCCUCCCGUGCUAUGAGGUUGCCCCGGUGCCAGGCCUGGGCCAAAGGCCAGACUUGUCUGUCAUUGGUACCGAUUUUUUUUUUUGACUGUCGCGAAGGAAGGGGCGGGGAGCGGCCCCACGGGGUGGACCAGAUGGCCUCUCGCUACUUGGUUCGGGGCGGAAGCUGUGAACUGGGUCUCUGAUCUUGGGUGACAUUUCUUCCCUGGAGGUUCCGCAGGUGUAGCUUUCCCUCAAUCUGACCAAGGCACAGAGACAAGAAUCACCCCCCCCCCCCCUUAGGGGCCGGGCUCUCUUACUAAAUGGCGGCAGAGGUAGCGCCCUGCAUUCCUCGCCCCAGCCCUGUCCCUUUCAAGCAGUGAUCUCGCCCCCUCCUUUAGUGGCCUGUUUUCUUCCUUGUGAAAGAGAUAAGUGCUUCUCCCUUCCCUGGGAUGGAGCUCGAGGUGUGAGUAAAGCUUUGAAAAUAAAGAGGCUGUGAAGAGGCA